UAUGCAAAUCCCGCUCUGACAUCAGCAGUGAGAUCAAAGCGGCGCAGGACUACUUUAACUCGCUCUCACCCCCACCUCGACUCACUCUCUCCGCGCUCCUCCUGCCCUGACAGUCUCUCUCUGACUCUGGCUCUCCAAAGCGCACCAUGCGUGUUACCUGUGCAGAGAUACCCCACUACCUCCCGAGGCUGGAUUUUACUCGCGUGUUUGGCUGAUACCGAAACAGACUACACCCCUGAAAGGAUACUCACUCACCUCAGCUUUGUUCCUGUGCGCAUUUAUCCCACUGCGAGAGACGCCGGAAAGAGCCGUCUAUACAAUGAAGGCUGACUUCUAAAACUCAGCCCAGAGCGAUCUUUUGUCUUGCUUCUUGUGUGAACUCCAGUGUGAACUUUGGUGUGUGUCGUGAGCCCCUCUCACCAUGCGGAGCUGCUCCCAUGUCCUGCGUUUUGGUGUCUUCACUGCCCUGCUCCUGUCUCAGCUCUGCUCUGGCAUCAAAUGGCUGACGAUAUCGCACGCUCCAGCGUCUCUACACGUUAACCAGACUCAGCACUGUAAACUGCUGCCGGGUUUGGUGUCGUCUCAGGCCCAGCUGUGCCGCAGUAACCUGGAGCUGAUGCAGACCAUCAUCCAAGCGGCCCGCGAGGUCAAGAAAACCUGUCAGAAAACCUUUGCAGAUAUGAGGUGGAACUGUUCGUCUAUUGAUAUCCCCGCAGACGCACCCAAGUACCGGCCAGACCUGGACAGAGGAACGAGAGAGGCUGCGUUUGUGUAUGCCUUGUCUGCAGCCACCAUAAGCCACACUAUAGCGCGGGCCUGUACUUCUGGAGACCUGCGGCUGUGUUCAUGCGGACCCAUCCCUGCGGAGAUCCCCGAGCCGGGCUACAGGUGGGGCGGCUGUGCGGACAACCUGCACUACGGUCUCGUUAUGGGGUCCAAGUUUUCCGACGCUCCCAUGAAGAUGAAGAGGCCGGGUUCCCAUGCCAACAAACUCAUGCAUCUGCACAACAGCGAAGUGGGAAGAAAGGCCUUGAAAGAUGCUCUGGUCAUGAAAUGCAAGUGCCACGGUGUAUCUGGCUCGUGCUCCAUUAGAACGUGCUGGAGAGGCCUACAAGACCUGAGGGAAAUCGCCAUGGACCUGAAGACCAAAUACCUGUCGGCCACCAAAGUAGUGCCCAGACCGGUCGGCACUCGCAAACAGCUCGUGCCAAAAGACAUCGACAUACGGCCCGUGAGAGAGAACGAGCUGGUCUAUCUGCAGAGCUCCCCCGACUUCUGCACCAAGAACGACAAGCAAGGAUCUGUGGGCACCCAGGACAGACAGUGCAAUAAGACGUCGGUGGGGAGUGACAGUUGUGACCUGAUGUGCUGUGGGCGUGGCUAUAACCCUUACACAGAGAAGCUGGUGGAGCGCUGCCACUGUAAAUACCACUGGUGCUGCUACGUCACCUGUAAGAAGUGCGAGCGCAUCGUGGAGAGAUAUGUGUGCAAAUGAGAGGACGGCACUGCACAAAACCAAAGCACUAAACACAAGGCUUACUCCAGCUUUAGCAUGUAUCACCAUCCUGGACUCCUCCUGCGUCUUUUUUGUAUCAAACUCUGAGUGAGUUUAAGCCAGUGCUUCACACGCUGGGACUCUGGAGUGUGCGGCAGUGCCAGAGUCGUGAAGAUCACCGUCCUCUUGGGUUAUUUUUCUCCUUUCUAGAAACAGUAUGUCCCAAACAAAGGGACAUACAAAGUCUUUUUAUUCUAUCUUUAAUCAAAAUAAAUGUUAAUGGAUUUUAUGCUGGAGAAGAGGACAGUGUAAGCGUCAUUCCAUGGAAAAGGUUUUAGAUGGAACCUCCUGGUACUUUUUCCAAAGUGCUAAACACGUUUCCUCAAAGACAAUGGACAAGAGAGGACAAGGAGUACACAAAGGGAAUUUUAUUUUUUUUUAAUCACAAAGUUUUUUGUGGUUGAUAUUCUGGACACUUGUGAUAUUUUCUGGGCCAUAGCCACGCUCCUGUGGACUCGGUGAAGAGAAUCAAAGACUUUGUGCUGCAUUUUAUCUCUAUGAUGUCUCAAUCCAAGCAGUUCAAAAUAUAUUAUAUUUUUAGAGUAUAUGAACUCAUGGAUUUUGUAAACCACUUUUGUGUGGAUGUACAUACUAUUAUUUUGUAUACUGAAAUAA